UUUCGUGCUGUGAAACAGUCGUCGUUUGAACACGGCUGCUGACGGCUGAGACGGUUGACAACUUGGUGUGGACCGAGUUUGUUUGUUUGUUUAUUUGUGUUUUUUUUAUUUACAUAUUUAAUCUUUUUUUGAUGUGUUUCCGUUUAUUUCCGUUUGUGAUGGUGUUACAAAUUUUAUAAAUAAUGAAUUUGUGUAUUUAAAAAACAAUAAAAUCGAACAAAAACAAAAGCAAUAAUAUUAAAAAACAAUUUAUUAUUUAGUUUGGGAAUCAACGCACACUAGACGAAUACACACACACGCACAUACCACUUACCCCAUCAAGCGAUCAACCGAUCAAUUCAUCGUAGCAGCGGUUCGGCUUGUUAAGCCCCCGUUAAACGAGGAGCGCAGUUUUUGCUGUUGCAGCAGUCUUAUUUCACUUUUCCAAACUGGAUAAUACGCGGUAUACACCUGUAUAUACAACGCAAAGAAAAAAAAUGACGCAGCAACCGGAAUGGGGUAUUCGAUUUUCGAAGUUCUUUUGUGUGCCUCAGAGGGUGAUCCUCUCGAUCAUGGGCUUCUUCGCGAUGCUUAAUGCAUAUACGAUGCGUAUAUGUCUUUCAACCGCCAUUACCGAGCUGGUGGUGAAAAAAAAUCGCACAGACGAAAGUGGUGAACAAGCUGUCUGUGUAGCUGAUUCUUUGGAUUCGGAAUCUAAUAGUGGUGGCGAAUAUGAAUGGUCGGAGGAGUUACAGGGUUAUAUCUUAUCGUCGUUCUACAUCGGCUACAUUCUGACACACAUUCCUGGUGGUUUGUUGGCUGAAAAAUUCGGUGGCAAAUGGACGCUCAGUUUGGGUAUACUCUCCACCGCAUUCUUUACGGUCAUAACGCCGCUCGCUAUUAUCAACGGUGGUGCUACUUGGCUGAUUAUUGUGCGUAUUCUAAUGGGUAUCGGUGAGGGUACCACCUUCCCGGCGUUGAGUGUAUUACUCGCACAAUGGGUGCCAGUGAAGGAGCGUGGCAAGUUGGGCGCUCUGGUAUUGGGUGGCGGACAAGUUGGUACAAUUCUCGGUAAUCUCAUAUCGGGUUUGCUUUUGGAUGCCUAUGACUGGCCUGUGGUAUUCUACUUCUUCGGCGGUAUUGGCAUUAUAUGGUUUGUUAUUUUCACUUUCCUCUGCUACAGUGACCCCACCACACAUCCAUUCAUCAAGCCAAGCGAAAAGGAAUAUCUUACCAAGCACAUGGGCACCAUUGGACGCAACAAGAACUUGCCACCCACACCAUGGGGUGCCAUUUUAACCAGCUUGCCCAUGUGGGCUUUGAUUUCCGCACAAAUCGGUCACGAUUGGGGUUUCUAUAUUAUGGUCACCGAUUUACCCAAAUACAUGUCAGAUGUUAUGCAGUUCUCUAUUAAAGCUAACGGUCUCUAUUCUUCACUGCCAUACGCCAUGAUGUGGAUCUUUUCAUUGAGUACAGGUUUUGCUGGUGAUUACCUGAUUUCACGUAAGAUUAUGAGCAUCACGAAUGUGCGUAAAAUGAUGACGGGUUUGGCCGCUUUUGGUCCAGCGAUCUUCAUAGUUGCCGCUUCGUAUGCCGGUUGUGAUCGUCUUGCUGUCGUUAUACUAUUCACUAUUUCGAUGGGUCUCAUGGGUGCCUUCUAUGCGGGCAUGAAGUUGACGCCACUCGACAUGAGUCCCAACUAUGCGGGUACAUUGAUGGCCAUCACCAAUGGUAUUGGUGCAAUUACGGGUGUCGUAUCGCCUUCGCUGGUGGGCCUGAUGACACCAAAUGCUUCACUACUCGAAUGGCGUCUCGUUUUCUGGGUCGCCUUCGGUGUGCUCGUCGUCACUGCCUUUGUAUACGUCAUCUGGGCAUCGGGUGAGGUGCAAGACUUUAACGAUCCACCACGAAAAAUCGACUUCGAAGCUGAGGAGAAGGAGAAAUCAAACGAAGCCAUUGAUAAUGAAAAUCAUGAAGCAUAUGAGAAGACAGAUAAGCUGUGAGAUGUACAUAGAUCGAGGAAGACUGUAAAAAUAUACAUAUAUAUAAUUAAUACAUACCAAGGCUACGUACAUAUAAUACAUAUGUAACAUAUAAAUAUAUGUAUGUAUGUAUGUAUGUAGAAGAGUAUAUAAGCGAACGAAUACUGGUAUGGGUGCCUUAAAGCUGCCUGCAAGAUCUGUGCAAGUGUGAAGAAAAAUAAAAGAAUUUAAGCAAAAAUGCGUAAUUAAUAAAGUAUUUAUUGUAAUUAAACGUAAUUUAAGUAAGAGUAUAAAGCAAACAACAAGCGAAGACAACGAAAAUAAAAAUUAAGUGAAAAAAUAAAGACUAAAAUAAAUUUUUUUAAUAAAUAAAAUGACAAUCAGAAGAAGUUUUCUUCAAAAAUAUUAAAAAAUUUUCAAAUAAAAGUUAAUGAAAUAACUACUUAACACGUAAUAAAAAUUAAAAUAAUUGUUUAUAUUGAAUAAUAAAAAAUAAUUUCUUAUCAAACAAAAAAAAAAAUUUUUUUUUUGUUAGUUAUUAAUAAAUUAUAUUUUUGUCUCUAAUUUCCGCAAAUUUUCGCCACUGUUGUUUUGUAUAUCCAAAGAUACAUUAAAAUAUAUUUGAUUAUAAGUAUGUAAUUAAUUAAUUAAAGAUUGUAAUGUGUAUUUAUUAGUUUUUUUAUUAUAUGUAUGUAUGUAUGUUUAUUAAAAUGUAACAUUUAUUCGUGUGGUAUUGAAUUUAGCGCUCAUGACGAACAAAAACAACAAUAACAAAUGAUUAAUUUUGCCUUGUAAUUGUAUUUUAUUACCAUUACUUUUGCCCUCUACUUUUUUUUUGACUUAAAAUUAAAUUUUAAUCAAUAUGUCAAUACAAAUGUAUAAAAAAAUAUUUGCUUUUAAAUAAAAACAAUGGCAAAACAAACUUAAUUUUUACGUACGUACUUAAGUUCAAUAGUUAACUUAACUAUAAUGACACUGUAAGUGCGUUGUUGCAUGUGCCAUUGGGGUUUUUCACACAAAAUAAAAAAAAAAA